CUCAGCAGGGCUGUGCCAGCCUUCUUCUAUAAAUCUCUCCAUCUGACCCUCCCGUUGGUAUUUGCUUUUCAUAACCUCGUCUUGUACAGGAGAACAACCAUGAGGACCGCCACUGGGACUAUUGUGAUUUUAUCGUUUGCUUUUUUAGCAACAGCUCAAGAGGCACAGGAGUGUUCCGCUCCGCUGGAGUACCCGCACACCCGACUGAAAUUCACAUCUAGACAGACGUUCAGGAGCGGGGAGAAGGUUUACUACCGCUGCGCCGAGGACUUCACUCCAUCCAAAGGGAGCAGAUCUGUGGAGUGUCAGAAUGGAAAGUGGAGCCGACUGACUCUAAAAUGCGAAAAGAUAACAUGUGGCAACGCCGGAGAUCUCCCCAAUGGACACUUCCACUAUGAAGGUCAAACGUAUGUUGGGGAGAAAGUUUAUGCCAAAUGCAACGAGGGAUACAUGCUGAAGGGAAGGAACUACAUGAUAUGCAAGAGGUCUGGAUGGACUGGUGAAUUCCCAUCAUGUGAAGUUGUCUCGCCAGAGAAAGAAAUCACAUGCUCCAGUCCAGUGGUGAACAACUCAGUGAAGAGUGGCAGAGAGGUUUCAGUUCACCAUGUUGGAGACACCAUAAACAUCACCUGUAGCACUGGUUUCCAGUUGGAUGGAGCACAGCAGCUCACCUGUGGGUCCGACGGCCAGUGGCAGCCGAAACUCCCUCAGUGUUUUCUGUCCCCUGAUAAAAGGCCUGCAGGUGGAUGUGAUGCACCACUUAUUGUCAGCAGCUCCAACGCCAACCUUGCAGACAAGUACAUCACUAUGACCUCGUUUUCUUCUGGCGACAAAGUCUACUACAGCUGUGAUGUGGGAUAUACUCCAGUGGGUGGCAGCAGGAUUCGCACAUGUGACAAUGGAAAAUGGACGCCUCUGAAGCUAAAAUGUGAACGAAAGCUGUGUGGCCACGCUGGAGUCAUUUCAAACGGACAGUUCGUCUACACAGGCGUAGAGUUUGGAGAUACAGCCACAGCUGAGUGUGAUGAGGGGUUUAUACUCGUAGGUCGGGCCACCAGGCACUGCCUGAGCAACGGCUGGGACGGUCGUCCUCCUGUCUGUGAAGCUGUCGAGUGCCAAGAGCCAACAGAGACGAAUGCUCAGAGGAGAAAUUUCCAGGAGCCGCCAUACACAUUCAGGAAUGUGAUUCUCUAUGGGUGCCAAGUGGGAAGCCUGGUGGGAUCGAGGGAGAUAUGGUGCACCAAGAAUGGGACAUGGAGCUCACCUCCUCCACAAUGCAAAGUUAUACAAUGUCGGUCACCAAAUAUUCCCAACGCCUUCUGGAUUAACUCUCACAAGAAAACGUAUCGCCCUAUGGAGACCAUCAGUUCAUUUAAAUGCCAGUAUGGCUAUAAUUUUACUGGACCAACACACAUCACCUGUGGCAGCGAGGGCCAAUGGUUGCAGACGCUUCCAAAAUGUCUUCCCAGACAGUGGAGGGGCUAAUCUGCUGCCAAAAGUUUGAUCUUAUAAUAUUUAAUCCAAUUUCCAUACACUCAUUUAUCAAUACCUUUAACAUAAUUACUGUCAAAAUCAACCGUUAGUAAUGCACUGUUUAAUAUUUUUGCUCCUGUGUACAACCAUUACAAAGACAUUAAAUACCUUGCAAAGGAA